AUGGCGGGCACGGCGGCGUCACCGGCCUCGGGCUACGGCUCCGACGGCGUGUACCGCUCGCCGCGCGCGGCGGCGCCCAUCGCCUCCGAGCCGGGCCUCUCCCUCGCGGACCUCGUCCUGCGCCGCGCCGCGGCGUGCCCCUCCGCGCCGGCGCUCGUGGACGCCGCGACGGGCCGCGCCCUCACCUUCGGGUCCCUCCGGUCAGCGGUGCUCGUCGCGUCCGCCGCGCUCUCCUCCCGCGCGGGCGUCCGCCGCGGCGACGCCGUGCUGCUCCUCGCGCCCAACUGCGUGCUCUACCCGGUCUGCUUCCUCGCCGUCACCGCGCUCGGCGCCGUCGCCACCACGGCUAACCCGCUCUACACCCCGCGGGAGAUCGCCAAGCAGGCCGCCGACGCCCGCGCCAAGCUCGUCGUCACCGUCUCCGGCCUCCUGCCUAGGAUCGCCGGUCUCCGCCUCCCCACCAUCCUCCUCGACGGCGGCGACGGCGACGGCGCCUCCGUGCCUUCGGGCUGCCCCAGCGCUAGCAGUAACGUCACUCUCUACUCGGACCUCGUCGCCGGGGUGCAGGAGGCGGAGUACCGCCGCCCGCCGGCGGUGGGGCAGGGCGACACGGCGGCGCUGUUCUACUCGUCGGGUACGACCGGGGAGAGCAAGGGCGUCGUGCUCACGCACCGCAACUUCAUCGCGGCGGCGACGAUGGUGACGUCGGACCAGGACGAGCUGGGCGAAGGCCGCAACGUGUUCCUCUGCUUCCUGCCCAUGUUCCACAUCUUCGGCAUGGCCGUGGUCACCCUCGGCCAGCUGCAGCGCGGCAACGCCGUCGUCGUCAUGGCCCGGUUCGACGUCGACGCCGUGCUGGGCGCCGUCGAGCGCCACCGCGUCACCUACCUCUUCGGCGCGCCGCCGGCGAUGAUCGCGCUCGCCAAGCAUGGCGGGGGCGGCAGGUACGACCUCAGCUCGCUCAGAUGCAUCGGCUCUGGCGCCGCGCCGCUCGGCAAGGACGUCAUGCUGGCUAUGGCUGACAGAUUCCCCGGUGCUGACAUUAUCCAGGGUUAUGGUAUGACUGAAACCUGCGGGAUAAUAUCCCUGGAGUACUUACAAAAGGGCCGCGCCUGUCAGUUUGGUUCAACUGGAGCACUUGUCACAGGAGUUGAAGCAAAGAUUGUUGAUGCAAAGACAAUGAAUCAUCUGCCUCCGACCCAACUAGGAGAAAUCUGUGUUCGAGGACCAAACAUAAUGGAAGGUUAUUUCAACAAUGUGCAAGCUACUGAGUUUACAAUCAAACAUGGGUGGUUGCAUACUGGUGAUCUUGGAUACUUUGAUGAAAGAGGCCAGCUUCAUGUUGUCGAUAGACUUAAAGAGCUGAUUAAGUACAAAGGCUUCCAGAUUGCUCCUGCUGAGCUUGAAGGAUUGCUUUUGUCUCAUCCAGAAAUUCUUGAUGCUGCUGUUAUCCCGUAUCCUGAUCCUGAAGCAGGGGAAGUUCCUAUCGCUUAUGUUGUACGAUCACCAAAGAGUUCACUGGCUGAAGUUGAUGUCCAGAAAUUUAUUGAAAGGCAGGUCGCGCACUACAAGAGACUGAGGAAGGUAACGUUUGUGGACAGUGUAUCAAAAUCUGCUGCGGGAAAGAUUUUGAGAAGAGAGCUCAUCGCCCAAGUCAGAUCAUCCAAGCUGUAG